AUGGUACGUCCGGAGGCGCGCACAGUAACGGUGCACUGCCAAUCCAAAGACGAUGACCUCGGCUUCCACGAUCUCGGCGUCUUCCACGAGUACAGUUGGAGCUUUCAUCCCAACGCCUUGGGCGGGACGCUGUUCUGGUGCCGCCUUUAUAUUGCGGAAACCGAUCAGUGUCUUGUCUUCGACGCAUACCGUCAGAACCAACACAGCGGCAACCACGUUUUGCGGUGGGAGGUCGAGGGUGCCGAUGGGGUUACGGGCAAAACCGAGAACGGGGUUCCGGUGCGCGACGUGGCCUAUUGGCACCCGUGUUGA